AACCUGACCUUCGCCUUCUACAGUGAAAUACUGAAUUGUCAACAAAUAUUUGAAAUGUAUAAUCAUUUUUAUGAGCAGUUUAAUUUUGAAUCUGUCUGCUAGCUAGUACUAGUGAGUGCUACUGGUAAAGUUUGGUGACUUUAUCUCAUUGUCUGCGUUGUUAUUUGAAUUCAACUCGUUGUCUGAGAUUACUAGUACUGUUUUAAUGGUAUUAUAAAAUUUAUUCGACCGUUGUUAAUGUUUUGAAGAAGAAGAAAGGAGUGGAUUUUGGGUGUGGGUUUGUUUUAGUUUCAGUCUAAAGGUAGAAGAAGAAGAGAGUGUGUGUUUGAAGAUCAAGAAGUGGCUUUUAAGUGAAGAGACAUCAUAAAAAGGGCUCUGGUGAUCUGAAAUUGUAGUGUCCAAGAUUGAAAAAAAACCAUGGUGGAAGAAUCAGAAGAGUGUUGUAUGAUGAGUACUAAAUCUGUUGAGGAAUGGUUAUUACAUGCUCAAAAUCUAAUUCCAAAGGCUAUUGUCAAAGCGAAAGAAUCAACAAAAGUGUUUCCGGGUAGAUGGAGAAUGAUAAUAUCGAAAUUAGAGCAGUUGCCUACUUGUUUAUCAGUAUUGUCAAGUCAUCCGUUCUUUGCCAAGAACACCCUUUGCAGGGAGCAAUUACAAGCAGUUUCAAAGACAUUGGAGGAGACAAUUGAAUUGGCAGAUCUAUGUGUUGAAGAGAAAUAUUCAGGGAAGCUUCAGAUGCAAAGUGAUCUUGACUCGGUGACUGCGAAAUUGGAUUUGAAUUUGAGGGAUUGUGGGUUAUUGAUUAAGACUGGUGUUCUUGGAGAAGCUACGCCACUGCCUUCAUCGGUUACGGCGAAUUCCGAGACUGAAUUAGAGAAUUCAAUUCAGUCGAAUUUACGGGAGUUGUUGGCUAGGCUUCAGAUCGGUCAUUUGGAAGCAAAACAUAAAGCAUUGGAUAGUUUACUUGAAGUUAUGAAAGAAGAUGAGAAGAAUGUGUUAGCUGUAUUGGGGAGAAGCAAUAUCUCUUCUUUGGUGCAAUUACUCACUGCAACAUCUCCAAGAAUUCGCGAAAAGACUGUUACUGUUAUAUGUUCACUGGCGGAAUCGGGUAGUUGUGAGAAUUUUCUUGUUUCGGAAAAUGUUCUUCCUCCAUUAAUCAGAUUGAUUGAGAACGGGAGCACAGUGGGUAAAGAAAAAGCCACCAUUUCUCUUUUAAGGUUGUCUAUGUCUGCUGAAACUGCUCGGUCAAUCGUCGGACAUGGUGGGGUUCGUCCGUUGAUUGAAAUUUGUCAAACAGGUGAAUCCGUUUCGCAAUCUACAGCUGCAGGUACUUUGAAGAAUUUGUCGGCUGUACCGGAAGUACGACAGACUCUAGCAGAUGAAGGGAUUGUUAAGGUAAUGAUUAAUCUUCUGGAUUGUGGGAUGUUGUUAGGAUCCAAAGAGUAUGCAGCUGAAUGUCUUCAGAAUCUUACUUCAAGUAAUGAAAAUCUUAGAAGGUCAGUAAUUUUGGAAGGGGGAAUUCCACGUCUUUUAAAUUAUCUCGACGGGCUACUACCGCAAGAAUCUGCAAUGGGAGCUCUACGGAAUUUGGUUAGUACCGUUUCAAUCGAUGUUCUAGUUUCGUUAGGUUUUCUCCCACGAGUAGUCCAUGUACUUAAAGCUGGAUCAUUGGGUGCGCAACAAGCUGCAGCAUCAGCAAUUUGUAAGAUUUGUAGUUCACUUGAGAUGAAAAAAAUGUUGGGUGAUGCUGGAUGUAUUCCAUUGCUUGUGCAAAUGCUCGAAGCGAAAUCUAAUGGAGCAAGAGAAGUUUCAUCACAAGCAUUGUCAAGUUUGAUUACAUUAUCUCAGAAUUGCAGAGAAGUAAAGAAGGAUGAGAAAAGCGUACCGAACUUGGUCCAAUUACUCGAUCCAAGUCCUCAAAAUACGUCGAAGAAGUAUGCUGUUUCUUGCCUUGGGUCACUUUCUUCUAGUCAGAAAUGCAGGAGAUUGAUGAUUUCUUAUGGAGCUAUUGGGUACUUGAAGAAACUUUCAGAAAUGGAAGUCACCGGUGCUAAGAAGUUGCUCGAGAAGUUAGAAAGGGGAAAAUUAAGAAAUCUAUUUAGUAGAAAAUAGAAGAGGUAAAGACUUUCUUCGUCUUGUAUUAUGUAUGUGUACUGUGGUUCUUCUGUUUCUGUUUGUUGUUGUUUUAACUUCUGUUUCAUUGUCUGUAUGAAACACAGAGUAGUCGAAGUUAACGAACUCAACUGAACUGAAAAUGAAUGAAUCAAAUUUGCUCUUUUUGUGUAAUGUAUUUGUAUAAAUGUAUUCUAGUGUUCUCUUUAGUCUUUUUCUUACUCUUUGUAAUGGUUUAACCAUAAGCAGUUCACAUUA